ACAUACAAAGCAUAAAUGGCUUACUCUAAAACCUUUCUCCUUCUCGGCCUCCUCCUCGCUCUUCUUUACGUCUCCUCUCAUGUCUCGGCUCGUUUACUUGAGGAAAAGAAAAGUGUUGUGAAGAGUGACGACCAUGAUGAUGAUCACGACCAUGGCCUUGGAUACCACCAUGAUGACCAUGAUCAUGACCAUGACGAUGAUCAUGACAACGACAAAUAUGACCAUGAUGAUCACGAUGAUCAUGACCAUGAUGACCAUGACAAGGAUGACCAUGAUGACCAUGACAAGGAUGACCAUGACAAAGAUGACCAUGACGAUCAUGACAAGGAUGACCAUGACGAUCAUGACCACGAUGAUCAUGACAAGGAUGACCAUGAUGAUCAUGAUCACGAUCACGACGCUAAUGUCAAUAGCUUGGAUGAUCACCAUGACCAUGAUCACGAUAAUGACGACCAUGACCACGACCAUGAUCAUGAUGAUGACGACCAUGACCACGACCAUGACGACAUUAAGAAUUAGAGACCUAAAAUUAACCCCUUAUCUACACCAUGUUGGUAAUAGUAAAGGCAGCGUCACAUGAAAUAAAAUAUGUUUUUUUUUUUUUUGUAAUUUAAAUUAAAUAAAGCAAUCAUAGAUCAUAUGAUAUGCUAAAUUGUCUGGUUUGUUGUAAUUUCUUGCCAUUGUGGUUUUUAUAAAUAUUUAAUAUCCAAAUAAUAGAAUUGCUUAGAUUUGCGUU